AUGAUCUUAUUGGCGUGGUGGGCCAUCGGCGUGGCGUUGAUGGUCGUAUUCAAGGAGAAGCCAUCGUCGGGUGGUAAUCCAUGGAAAGCAAUCACGAAAACCGUGACGAACCGCAAGGGUGUGGAGCUCUUGGUAGCAAGACACGAGACCCUUGUCCAGCUGACGGCCUACUUGUUCUUCCUGGUGUGCAUCAAGGUCAUCAAGUACACCGACCUAAACAGAUCGAUGACCACCGUGUACUUGAGCGUAGGCAGGUGCUUCAAAAUCGUCUCGGGAUACCUGGUUAUAAUGAUUUUUGUCGUGAGUGCGUUCGCGGCGCUUGGUUAUUUUGCAUUCGGCGCACAGGUAAAAGAAUUCUCGACCAUCUACGAUUCCGUUCUCUCGUCGCUCAGAAUACUGAUGAGGGACUUCGACUACAAUACGCUUCAAGACGCUGACGCUUGGUUCACUACGUUUUUCUUCGUAUUUUUCACGUGCGUGAUGAUAUUCGUUCUCCUGACGAUGCUAGUGGCGAUCGUGUUUCACGCUUAUUUCGACGUGGACGUCGAACAGUUGUUGGGCGACCGACAACCGUACGUGAGCGACAAGGUGUCGGCUUUUGUGGACAACGUGCUCGCCAAAAUGGGUUUCGAAAAAUGGGCGGUGCGCCGUCGAACCGACCGGCUGAACAAUGAACUGGAUCGUCGAGUUACCUAUCAGGACGUUUAUAAGAUACUGAAACGGUACGUAGUAUACCGAYAUAAUGUAAUAUUGUGUAAUUAGGAUUAAGGCAUCAUAU